UUUUUAAUUUAUUAUGCAAAGAUAUGCGGAGUUUAAAAAUAUACAUGUAUACAAACGCACUCGAUGCAUCCUCCUCCUCCCAAUAAGUUUCAGGAACGGUGAGGGUUUAUAAACGCCUGCGAAAUGUGGUAUUGACGUAGUUCUUUCAUAACAAGUAGAAGUGUACAACAUUAAAUUGUAAAAUGGUCGUGUGUGAGGAUUGUGGAAAAAGUUUUACUCGAGUUGACAAUUUAAAAAGGCAUCAACAAUUAUCUUGUAUUGGCAAGAGAAUCAAGCUUGACGCACCGCAAAUUCCAAAAGCAGUAAAAUGUGAGGCUUGCGAUGAUUAUGUAAAUAGACAAUAUUACUCUGCACAUUUACGAAGCAACGCACAUAAGAGUACCGCUUUUGUUAUAAUCGAUGAUGGAGUGGAGAGAAUAGCUGGAGCAUUCGGCGAUAAAAUCGUCAGUUGUCGAAUAAGUGAAGGUUUUUUUGUGGAUUUGGAUGAAUUUUCACAUAGAAUUCGAGAAAAAAUACUAAAUCUGAUACAAAGCGCCAUCGAUAUUCACCGAAAUGUAAAAUUAAAUAUGGAAUGUUUUGGUUUGUAUUUUUUACAAUCAAAGGAAGAUUGUGAAAUAACAUCAUUCAAUACGAAAAAUAAGGUAGUAUCAUUAGCGUCGGAUCUAUAUAAAAUAUAUAAGGAAUUUAUUGAUGAAAUUUCAUCAAAAAUGUCAGAAUUUCAGGAACGAGAUUCAGGAUGGACUUUAAUGCAAAUCCUCUAUAUGGAGUUAAAUUUAAACAAAUAUAAUCCUAUAAGAGCAUCUAAUUACAUCGAUUUACCGUCGCAAAUAAAAGCAAAGCAUGCUGUGAUAAAUAUACAAAACGCGGAUGAUGCAUGUUUUGCAUGGGCUGUAACAUCCGCACUACAUGAACCGAACGGUUUACCACAGAGGACAUCUUCGUAUCCGAAUUACCUAGACUGCGGCUUAGACUAUUCAAAUAUUGUUUUUCCAGUUAAAUUACGAGAUAUACCUGUAUUUGAAAAGCAGAACAAACUAUCUAUUAAUGUAUAUGGAAUAAAUGAGUAUUUUAAAGACGGUGUUAUGAAUUAUGACAUAAUUACAAUGUAUAUAUGUCGACAAAAAGAAGAAAGACAUAUAAAUUUAUUAUUGGUUACAAAUGAUUCCGGGAAUAGUCACUAUUGUUGGAUAAAAAAUCUGUCUCGAUUACUAUCAUCGCAAGCAUCGCAGAAUGGUCAUGAAAAGUAUAUUUGCGACGGAUGCUUGGUAUUCUUUACGUCAGAAAAUAAACUUAUCCGUCAUCAAAGUGACGAUUGCAGCAAGGUAAGGGCAAUUUUACCAACAACAAAUUUGAAAAUAAAUAAAUAUGGAAAUGAAGAAAAGGAAAAUAUACUACAGUUCGAAAAUUUUGAACGACAAUUAAAAAUACCGUUCGUGGUGUAUGCAGAUUUUGAAGCAUUACAGAAACCGAUCGCNUUGAUAAAAGUUGUUGGUACCUAG